GCUUCAGAAGGUCGCGACUGCCACCACAAAAUGCCCUGAAGAAACGAGAAAUACGAACGCCAGAAAGAGCGAGGACUGAGGGCAGGAGCGAAAAGCAAAGUUUACGAGACUGAACCAGGAUUUGCUCGACUGCUUCUGCUUUUCUCCCCACAAACAAAUCAAACUUUCAACUUUACGCGUUCUUUUCGUCAUCUUGGACUCAGACAUCAUCUUCGAUCCGGACACUGCAAAAUUCCCACAACCACUGUCCACCGGAAAGGAAUCCGAAGACGACGAACAUCAUCAUACCCAACCCAUCUAAACCACUUACCCAACCUCUAGCUUCGAUAUCAUACCAAUCAAUCACACCUAAUCCAUAUCACACAUCGACGCCAACAUGAAGGACAAUAGCCUUCGUCUGCGUCUCGUCGUCCGGCGUCACUCCCUCCCCGAGGUCAGAAUCAUCCACCACGUCCCUCUGGAGAAUGACCCAACCAUUGCCGACCUCGUCGACCAAAUCAACGAGAUCAUUCCCCUCGAGAGCCCGGAAUGGGGCCUUGAAGACUACGUAGUCGAGCUACGCAACAAGGAGGGCUACGCUUUCGAAUGCCUGCACUUCCAGCAGGUUUCCAAACUCCUCAAGGACGAGGAAGAAGUCUUUGUCCGACCCCUCGUCACCGGUGACCGAAAGCGCCGUCUGCUGUCCGGCCGUGAGCAGAUCUCCAACGAUGGCAGACACCUGAUUGACGGCGUUCCCUUUGGCCAUCCUCGACUCAGGUCCCCCAGAGACAGACCCCCGGUAGACAUCCCCCCUCUCAAGCGGAGGAGAAUCGAGUACGAUACCAUCGAGCGUGAUGAUGAACAAGCCGAACCCCUCUUCCUCACCCGCAAUGGCGAAGGUUCUGAAGACCGUGAGAGCACUCGACAAGUCCGCUUCAACAACGCCGGCCUUGAUGCCAAUGAGGACGAGGAAGAAGACGACGACUUUGUCGAUCAAGAGCAAUAUGGUGACGAUGAGGAAGAGGAAGAGGGCGAAGAUGAAGAUGACGACUACGAGAUCAACCCAGACGAACUUGCGGAUGAACUCGAGGGCCUCCAGGAGGUCGAGUCAAGAGAAGAGACCCCAGCCGAGGACAACAUCGAGCAACCCACCGACAUCAGCCCCACCAAGUCCCAAAAGUCCAUCGACCUCUCAGACAUCGAUAGAAUCGCUGCUCUCCGGGCUGCUUUCCCAAGAGUCUCGGUUGACGUCUGCGAGAAGCUCCUCCUUCAGCACGAUAGCAACGAGAAGAAGGUUUACUGGAAGCUCCGACGCAGGAACCGUCCCCACAUGACCGUGCAACAGAUGCUAGCCUACAGGAGACGUCUUCAAGUCCGUGGGCCUGAAGGUGCGAUUGAGGACGAACUUGAGGCGGAAGCGUCUGAAAAGAGCGAUGCCGAAUCCGUCGGCUCCUUGAUCAAGCAUUACGAUGAGCAUGGCUUCCCUGCUGGCUCCAUCCUCGAUGGUUCAGCUUCCCGUCACAUGGUUGAGGCCCUUCGCAUGUCGGGUCAGGAUGUGAACCUUCCUAUUCAUAAGAAGUUUGAUGAUGACGAGGACGAUGAGGGCACCGUCCAGCCCGCUAAAGUCGCUGCUCAGUCUGACGAGAUUCCCCUCGACUCAGAUGAGGAAGAAGAGGAGUCAGACUUUGACCUCGACGAGGACGACGAGGACUUAUCUGAAAAGGACUCUGACUCUUCCAACGACUCGGAUGCUGUUUCACUCUCUGAUGACGCGGACGAGGUCUUGGACGAAGAGGUCCCAAACAAAUCCUCUGACGAAGGAUCCGCUGCCAGUGACAGCGAAAGUGGCCCCGAGGUCUAUACCACCAAAGUAAAGCCCCCCGCGGAUAUGGUCGCCCCCAAGAACCCCCAGCCCAAUGACGAAUCCUCAAGUUCUGACGAGAGCGAUAGCGACAGUAGUAGCGACGACGACAGCAGCUCAGAGGAGGACGCAUCCAGCAACGAGAGCGACUCCGAGGAUGAGGAGGACGAUUCCAGCAGUGAUGAUAGCAACAGCAGUAAUUCCGAUAUCUCUUCGCGCGACAAUGCCAACGCAAAUUCCGACAAUGAUAUUAGCAACGAUUCAGAGUCCGAUUCCAGUGACAGCAGUGAUGACGACUCGGAUGACGAACCAGUUACUUCAAGUUCCAAACAUGCAAAUAUUACCAAAGCUGUAUUCCAGCCCAUCAGCGAACAGUCAGCUACCCUUGAUACGGCCACCCUUGAUGCUUCAAGUGCAUCCAACGACCAACAGGACCAAAGUCCAGUGCCUCCAGGCCAAGGCAAGAACAAAACAAGGAUGAGGAACGCACGGCGGAGGCUUUCUGCUAAGAUAAGAAAGACCGCGUCUAGAGACACUUCUAUUAUUGGUUCUACGUCCGGUCAAGAUGCGGAGACCUCGACACCGGCCGACCUAGAGGCUAAGAGGAUGGCCUUGCUCCAGUCACUCGGUCAUCUUGAGUAUCUCGGCAAACCAGCUGAAGUAGAGAAGCCUGCAGCUCCCGUUGCCGAGACUGAAAAGCUUGAGCCCUCUGCGGACAACACAACCUCUGCCCCGGCUAAGCGGAAGACGAAGCUCGACGUGGACGCUGGCCGUCGUAUGCUGUUCGGAUCUCUUGGUCUUAAGAACCCCAAGUCUCAAGAAGACGAGGCAAAGAUCCGUGCUAGCUUGAUGAAGGGUGUCAAGCCUCUGGUCAACCACCGUGUGGAGGAUGCGAAGAAGGACGCCGAAGUCACCGUAACCGAAGUAGAUCCUGAUGCUUGGCGCCAAAAGAUCAACUAUACUGCCGUAGAGUGCACCGAGGAAGGCGUUGAGCUCAGCGAACCUCCCUUUCCAUUCUACCAACGCUGGGACCCUCAACAGCAAAAUUACUGGGGCAGUGGUCGUGGAGGACCCUCGAAGCGGAAGCAGCAGAACCAGGAUGAAUACGAAGAGGAGGAGCCGGGUAACAAGAAGAGAAAGGUGUCGGACGAAGAGGAGAAUGUCAUCUUGAACUACGACGAGGAGGACCCCGAUGCUUAUGCGGCUCAGGGCCACCAUGAGGAGGAACAAGAUGAGGAAGAGUACGAUGAGGAGGAGGAGUACGAUGACGAGGAGCACGAAGACGAAGAGGAAGACUUGCCUCCUCUUCCCAGUGAUUUGACCACCCUGCCUCUCCUCCAACCGGGACAGGCCAAGGCCGGUAUGAUCAUCACCUGGAAGCAGUUCCUGCUCUCCAAGGCUACCAACUGGCAACCUCAGGUUAUGAACAUGACGGGAACCGUUGUCGAGGUCUGGGAACAGAACGAUUUGCGAAUUCUCCUUUCCAAGCGAGAUAGAAACCUGGACGUCAACGAGAAGGUCUAUGAUGAUGAGGGAAACCGAGUAUAUGACAAGUUUGAGGUUCCUGAGGACGAAGACGACGCCGACGGGGAUGCCGAAAAGGGUUACCGAACCAUCAACUUUGCCGACAUGAUGGAGCCACGGGUGCUGCGUCGGUCCGAAGAUGAAGUCUUGGUGCCGGAGACCCAACACCAAGGCAACAUCUCGCCGGCGAAUGAAGAUGGGGCCAGUAAGGCCAGCUCCCGUACUCUCGAUCAUAAGGUGCCUUCGGAGCCCGAGUCACAAACUGCCCAAGAAAGUCUCAUCCCUGCUACGGACCACGGAAGCUCUUAUGAACCUCAAGCUGCACAGGUGACUUCCGCUGGCAAUGCCUCCAUUAUUGAUGAUCUCCGCCCGGAAACCAGCCUUCUCGGUACCGGCUCACGCCCGGAAGCGGAUGCCUCCGUGUCUCGCGACGAACAUCUAAACGUAAGCAAUCCCUCGCCACAGCCUGAACAAGCACCCGAACCGCCGUCAUCUCCCCAGCAUGGUCCUAGCGCACCCCCGUCCGAAGGUCGCAACACCCCUCCGCGCAGCUCCGUUCUCGGUGACGAGCUGCCAGACGUCGCGGAUCUUCCUUCCCAGGAGCCUGAGUCCCAGGAUCAAAGACCCCCUUCUCGUUCCUCCGCCUACCUCGAAUCCCAGCGCAUUACACUUGAGCAGUUCAACGGAUUCUCUGAUGGACUGGAACAGGCAGCUGACAAUCGGGGUAGCUAUUUUAGCUAUGCUAGGUUGGAUGUUAUCCCUUCCGACACGGGUAGCGUCCGUAGCGGAAGGCAGCCGGACCCGGAGUUUAGCAUCGAUUUGGGAAACAACAAGAUCCUCGACCGGUUUGAGCCUGCGGACGAGGAUGACGUUCCGAUGCCGGGUCCCGACUACGAGGAUGACGACGAGGAGGAGCAUGAGGACAAUAACGAGGAUGAUCAGGAGGAUGAUGAAGAGGAUGAUAACGAGGACGACCAUGAGGAAAACAACGAGGACGAUCAGGAGGAUAAUGAGGAGGAGGAAUCACAAGAGACUACACCUAAGAGACCCCAGAAGCGAGCAUCACUAUCCGAAGAGCCUGCUAGCCCCGCGCUCUCCGACCUUUCAGCUUCUAACGACGAUUUCUUCCCAUCUCUGAGUCAAACCACCACAAAAUCCAGUCAACGCAGAGCCAGUCAACCGCCCAAGUCGAUCCCUAGAGAUGCCGUCCCUACCACCAGCCAGACUCGCAAAUCAUUGGACGCUACCAACCUAGACUACGAGCAGGCCAUGAAGCGAUUGGACGAGGAAGAGUCCUCUCAAGAGUCCACCACAAUGGACGACACCCAGAUUAAAGUAGAGAAGCGUCGCCAAUUAUCCGAGCUCGCCCAGAAACUAGCCAAAACGCCCAUCGAGCGUCCUUCAGCUCGGAAGUUGCCCUUUCGCCGAACUUCCACCCCUUCCAAGCUGAACCAAACAACCACCGCCACCACUAAGUCAACAAGAACAACUCGGUUCAGCGGUUCCUUCGCCAUCCCUGAGGGAUCUCAAGUCGUUAACCUUGUGUCCAGCAGCCCUGAACCUGAGAUGAAUGAAGAUUAUGCCGAUGACGAUCUGGAUGAGACUUAUCAUGAAAGUAGCCCGGCCACCAGUCAGAGUCAACAUAGGGCGCCGCCAUCGACGGCCCCUGGAACGUCGGCGUCGUUUGUGACGCCGAGAAGGAAGCUUUUUAGCAGCACGAGGUUGAGUUCCACGCAGGUGCAAAGUCCGAGGAGGAGUCAGCCGAGUAUCAUUACGGGGUCGCUGAGGAAGAACAGGGGUUCGGCUUCUUCUUCCAAGUAGAGUUUGGGAGGGUCGAAGGUACCGAGGAUAGCUGAGGUGAAAGAGGAGAAGGGUGAGAAGGGGAAUGGGGAGAAAAGGGUUGGUGGAAAGACGAUGGCAAAAGGGGGUCGAUCUGUCUCUCUCUUUCAGUUCUUGCGAGAAAAGUCGGUUUUGCAGAGCAUUAUGGCGGAGUAUGAGGCCAAAAAAGCGAUACAGUCGAAGUUGACCAUGGCAUAGGGAAAUUGGGGCAAGAAUGCAUCGCUUAGUGCCGGUACUGGUUGGGCAUGGUUGACCAUAGUAAUAGGGACCUGAUUAGACUUGUAUGCUUGAUAUAGCUGUGAAUUAUCUUGCUCAUUGCCUUACG